AAAUGGAUGAAGGUGAAGUGCCAAUGGUGCCUACUGCACCAAAAGGCGAAUUAGAACCUCAAAACCGAAUAUUAUAUAUACAAAAUUUGCCACCGGAUGUUACUGACGAAAUGUUGAGCUACCUGUUUGAACAGUAUCCUGGAUUCAAAGAAGUUCGUCUUGUCCCUGGAAAAUCGGAUAUCGCGUUUGUGGAAUAUGAGGCUGAUCACCAAGCUGCUGUGGCCAAAGAAGUUUUAAAUGGCUUUAAAAUUACUCACGAGAAGGAAAUGAAA